ACCAACAGUAUGCCACAGCGACCAGCGGCCGCUGAGCUGGGCUUGAUUUAGGCGGAGGUACCGAGGUGAACGUUGGCAGGAUGUGUAAAGGCAGGAGGAUGGGGAGACCUGCCUUCAGUUCCUUGGAGCUGAUGCUCAUCAGCCUCUUUGCCAUCCUGUUGGUGGUCUGCGCAGGUUUGAUCGCGGUCAGCUGGCUCGCCAUCCACGAAUCCCAGUCAGUCGAUAACCAGACCUCUUCACACUCGACUGGAGGCAACUUUAAGAUAACCCAAGGAGCAACGUAUCAGAUUGAAUUGGAAGACAAGCAAUCCAAUGAAUUCAAAGAUCUUGCUCGUGAUGUUGAAAAGAUGAUAAACAACAUCCUAUCGCAGAGUGGACUGACGGAAGAGUACAGAAGUUGUGAGGUGCUGCAGUUCAGGAAUGGGAGUGUGGACGUGUGGUUCAGCCUACAGUUUUCCGCCCUAGUCCAGGACGAGGAGGUCCACAAAGAGAUGGUGUCCAGCAUCGAGGCCAACGAGGGAGGCAUCCUGGGAAAUUUCGUAAUUGACGUUAAUAGCGUCGAUAUCAAACCACCUGAACGGACGACCCAAGCUCCGAGCACCAAGAUUCUGACAACUCCAAUAUCAGGUAACUGCUCAGAGGGAUAUCGACAGUGCAGCAACGGGAACAAGUGUAUCGAGACCAAGCUGUUCUGCAACGGGGAGGCUGACUGUCCGGACAGUUCAGACGAGAACGUGGACGAUUGUGCUACACCCUGUGAUGGAAGAUUCCUUCUCAGCGGCCGCACCGGUUCCUUCCAUUCCAUCAAUUUCCCCAAACCAUACGAUCCGAAUGUCGUCUGCCGAUGGAUCAUCAGUGUGGGCCCUGGCCUGUAUAUAAAGGUGAACUUCACUGCCCUCCAGACUGAGAAAGACUAUGAUUUCCUGACCUUUUAUGAAGGAAUAGGCAAUGCAACACAAUUCAGCGCCUCAGUCUCCGGUGACAGUCCCACCACCGUGAGGUUGUUUUCUAAUCGUGCCACGGUGGAAUUUGCGUCUGAUGAAACUCCUAAUGAGUAUACCGGUUUCAAUGCAACUUACACUGUGUUUAACAUCAGCACAAUCGACGAUCAGGAGAAAGUGCAGUGUGAUUUCCAGGACGGCUUCUGCUAUUGGAAGCAAUGUCAGUUGGACCAGGGGGACUGGGAGAGGUACACCGGGCCACAGUACCCCCCCUUUACGGGGCCCAUUUUCGAUCACACGUACGGAAACGAGUCGGGCUUUUACGCUGUGACGCCGAUGAAACCGUCCCGUGACCCCAGAGAGAUCUCUCUUCUGAGUCCCAUGUUAUCCCUGGCCCGCCAGCCUUCCUGCCUGAGUUUCUGGUACCACAUGUACGGCUUCCAGGUUUCCCGAUUGACCGUCUACCUCGUCGUCGACUCCAUCCGGAUCCCAACGGCGUUCCGGCAAGAAGGUGACUACGGCAACCACUGGUACCGCGGGCAGCUGACCCUAAACCGGACCACGUCGGUCCAGGUUAUCUUUGAAGCCGUAAAAAAUUCUGGUGAUGAGACCGAUAUCGCUCUGGACGACAUCGCUCUAACCAGCGGCGGGUGUGAGGACAGUGGGCAGCCGGAGCCCACCAACGUGCCCAAGCCCACCGAUCCUCCAGCGGGCUCCACUGACUGUGGUGGUCCAACGGUGCUGAGGGAACCCAACACAACCUUCAGCUCAAUGAAUUACCCAAACAACUACGUGAACAAAGCAUUUUGCACGUGGUAUGUGAUCGCCGACGAGGGUAAAAAUAUCCACCUCCAUUUCCAAAACUUCUCUUUGGAAAAGAUCGCUGACGUGGUGGAAGUGAGAGACGGCUGGGGAGAAGGAUCAUUGUUGAUGGUGGUCUACACAGGAUCUGAUCCAGUUUCUGAUCUUUACUCCACCACGAGCAAAAUGACCGUAUUAUUCAUCUCAGAUAACUCAGGGACCAAGACAGGAUUCCUGGCUAACUUCACCACUGGAUAUCACCUGGGCUUGCCUGCUCCUUGCAAGCCCGUUGAGUACCAGUGUGAGAGCGGAGAGUGCAUCCCGAUGGACAACCUGUGCGAUGGCCAGAAGCAGUGCCCCAACGGUGACGACGAGGAGCAUUGCGUGCGUCUGCUGAACGGGUCUCGGAGCAGUGAUGGGCUGGUGCAGUUCAACGUGAGGAGUGAGUGGUACUCAACAUGUUCCGACGACUGGCCACAAGAGGCGGCGAAUGCGGUGUGCGUCACGUUGGGUUUCAGGGACAACAACAACACUAGGAUGGUGGCUGCCAUGGGCAACGAGUCCUUAGUGAAGGUGACAGUGUCCCCUGAUGGAGGGCUGGUGGCAACCCCCAGUCAGAGCUGUUUGAAUAAGUCAAUGAUGCACGUGACAUGUAAUAGUAAACUGUGCGGAACACGGCUGGUUCAACCAACGGAGAGUGAGAGGAUUGUGGGCGGGGUGAACGCUACCGUGGGGAGCUGGCCCUGGAUCGUGUCGCUGUAUUUUGGGUCCCAGCACUCAUGUGGGGCAUCGGUGGUAAACGAAGAAUGGCUGGUCACAGCAGCUCACUGUGUCUACGGGAAGACCUCUAGUCUGACCCUCUGGGCAGCACUGGUCGGACUUCACAGCCAUCUGAACCCGACCUCGCCUCAGACACAGAAACUAAACGUUGACCGGAUCGUGAUGAACCCGCACUAUAACAAGCGGUCGAAAGAUAGCGAUGUGGCCCUCAUCCACCUGGGCCGAGCACUGACAUACACAGCGUACAUUCAACCCGUCUGCCUGCCAGACAGGAGCCAGUUCUUCCCAUCAGGAUUGAAGUGCACCAUUGCGGGUUGGGGUUAUGCCUCAGAGAACGGUUCACCAGUCAAUAUCCUGCAGGAAGCAGUUGUUCCACUCGUCGCCAAUGACAAGUGCCAGGAGCAGUUGCCCCAGUACAACAUCACAGGAAACAUGCUGUGCGCGGGUUAUGAAGAAGGCAACAUAGACACGUGUCAGGGAGACUCCGGAGGACCUCUGGUGUGUGAGGAGGACGGGAGGUGGUUCCUGGCUGGAGUGACCUCCUUCGGUUCGGGCUGUGCACGGCCUCAAAGUCCCGGAGUUUACGCCCGGGUCACGGAAUACCUGGACUGGAUACAGGACGUCACGCAGUUAGACUGAACGCCCAGAGUGUGCUCCGUCGCUGGGCUAAGGUUUCAGAGCGAAGCCUUACCGCACAAAAGCUGCUGCUUGACUCUCCAUUAAAACCCCCGCACAACUUUACGAGAUCGGUUCGUUUGAAGGAGGCCUUUCCAACCCACCUAUCGUCGGGUUCGCAGAACGCAGUGUCCCGUCAACCUACCAUCAACCGCAUCCAACUAAAUGGUUCCAAGAUCCUAAGUGGCUUCAACCACCCACCCUCCCAGGUAUAAACCUGUUCCGAUUGCAUGAAGACAGCAGCCAUGGGCUGAGAGCUCAGUCUAGCGCACAAUUUCAGGACAGACCUGGAAGUGUUU